UAUAAUUAUGAUUAUGAUAUCAAGUCUCUCAUAAGACUAAUUAAACUUGGAUCAAUAUAUGAUGAAGAACCAAAUGCCUUAAUUUCAAAUCUUCAGGACAUAGAGGCAAUUGCUGCAGUUAGUCAAAGAAGGUUUGAACAUGCACGAUGA